GAAAAAGGCCUGUUUGGUAUUGAAACUGAAGUGGUCUUUGCUUUGUGGAACUUUGCGGUGCUCGUAAGAAAAAGGCUUGGCAUUCAGAAAGUGCCCCAUGGCGGUCUCGCACCAGCAGCAGUGAGGGGAGCUAGAGCACACCAGUCUCCAGCUGGAAAAACCCAGAACAUCCAAAACAUGGAAAAAAGAGAACUAAAGGCUUCUGUUCCAAAAUUUGACAAGGUUCCUUGGCUCAGCAAGGCCAGUCUUGAAAACAAGCCAUUACUGCUCAGCCUCCCCAAAAGAUCUCCUCAUUGCACUCCCACUUUUCUGACGGCAUACAAGAAGAAUAUGAAUUUGCCAAUGUGGGGUCAAGUUCCAGAUGUCUUACGUAAGGGCAGGAGGAACCAGAACAACCUCACACAUCUCAGAAACAAGCAGCUGUGCUCCACGUGCCGAGAAUUAAAAACGGUGCAACCAAGACCUGUAAUGAUCCCACGUGAUCUGAAACUAUCCUAUGAGAAUUUUAUGAGUCAUCGAACCAUGAGUCACUAUCAACCGGAAGUCCAGACUGUGCCCAGGCCUUCCCGUGACAACAUCCUAGCAGAGAGUAUCCAGUACAGACUGCCUAUUCUGGGUCCUAGGACAGCUGUCUUCCAGGGAGUGCUGGCAGAUGCCUACAAAACUCUGCAGGAGAUGCAACACUCUUCCUACCCAAGAAAGGAACCAAUGGACAGGACAAUGAAGCAACGAGUGGUUCAGUUUCAUCACCUUCCCCACCCCCAGAGAGAAGAUGCCUUGCCAAGUCAGUCUUCCUAAGAGUUGUUGGUUUAUUGGCUCUUGUCAUUAUCUUCUCACUCAUUUUUCCAAGAUAAAAAUGGUUUAAUUUACAUGUUAUGAAGAUCAUAAUUAAACUUAAGCAU